AUGCCUCUGAAACUGAAAGUCAAGAGGCGCCUCCUUGCUCGGUCGGAGCGUGUAAAGAGCAUUGAGUUGCACCCAUCAGAACCUUGGAUGUUGGUUGGCCUAUACAGCGGGCGAGUCUACAUUUGGAACAUUGAUACAAAGCAAAUUUUGAAAACCCUUGAUGUCAGUGACCUUCCUGUGAGAGCUGCCAGGUUCGUGUCCAGAAAGAACUGGGUCAUCACAGGAUCAGAUGAUACAUGUCUUCGUGUGUUCAACUAUAAUACGCUGGAAUACGUCACACAGUUCUCUGCACAUGUGGAUUUUAUACGAUCUGUUGCUGUACACCCAUCCAGCCCAUUUGUCCUUACAGCAGGAGAUGAUGGAGUCAUCAAGCUGUGGGACUGGGAGAAGAAAUGGGCCUGUUCCCAGGUGUUCAAAGGACACACCUUCUGCAUUAUGCAGAUUGUUUUCAACCCAAAAGACAACAACCAGUUUGCCACAGCCUCGCUGGACAGGUCAGUCAAGGUCUGGCAGUUUGGUUCUUCUACCCCAAACUUUUCCUUAAAACAUGAAAGGGAUGUCAACUGUUUGGACUACCAUCCAGGAGGAGAUAAACCAUACAUCGUUUCUGGAGAGGAUGGGGGAACCAUCAGAAUAUGGGAUUACCAGACCAAGUCUUGUGUACAAUCAUUACAAGUCCACACAAAAGAUGUAAAUGAUGUUGUCUUCCAUCCAUCACUUCCUGUCAUCCUAUCAGGAUCUGCUGAUGGUACUGUUAGAAUAAUUCACAGCAACACAUUUCGGCUUGAGAAUACACUUAAUUAUGGUCUGGAAAGAGUCUGGACAAUUUCUUGCCACAGAGGGACCAAUAAUGUUGCUAUUGGAUUUGAUGAAGGCAGUAUGAUAAUAAGGCUGGGGCAGGAAGAACCAGCCAUAUCCAUGGAUUCAUCCGGAAAGAUCAUCUGGGCCAGACACUCCGAGAUCCAGCAGGCCAACAUCAAGGCAAUAGCAGACCAGGAGAUCAAGGACGGGGAGAGGUUGUCCCUGGCCGUCAAGGAUAUGGGUAGUUGCGAGAUCUACCCCCAGACAAUUGCACACGGCCCUAAUGGCAGAUUUGUGGCAGUUUGUGGGGAUGGAGAGUAUAUUAUAUAUACAGCGAUGGCUUUGAGAAGCAAGUCCUAUGGCACAGGUCAGGAGUUUGUGUGGGGUCCAGAUUCUUCCACCUUUGCUGUCAGAGAUGAUGGUUCUACUCUCAAAGUGUUCAAGAAUUUUAAAGAACACAAACAGUUUAAGCCUCCUUUUGGCGCUGAAGGGAUCUUUGGUGGUCAUCUACUUGGUGUCAAAUCAUUUAACAGUUUUGCUUUUUAUGACUGGGAAUCAAUGAAACUCAUACGCAGAAUAGAGAUUUCACCCAAAAAGGUUUUCUGGAGUGAAAAUGGUCACCUGGUUUGCAUGACUUCAGAAGACACACUGUACAUGCUGAAAUACAAUUCUGAACUUGCUGAACAGGCGACUGAAUUCUCAGAGUAUGGCAUUGAUGACUCAUUUGAGGUUGUCAAGGAGGUGAAGGGCACAGUGCAAACAGGCAUGUGGAUUGGAGAUUGUUUUGUCUUCACUAGCAGCAUCAACAGGUUGAAUUAUUGUGUCGGGGGAGAGAUUGUGACAGUUGCUCAUUUGGAUAGAGAAAUGUAUGUUCUUGGCUACAUACCCAAAGACAAUCGGCUGUAUCUGUGUGACAAAGAACUCAACAUCAUCAGUUACUCCCUCCUUGUGUCAGUGCUGGACUACCAGACAGCUGUCAUGAGACAAGACUUUGAUUCGGCAGAUAAGAUUUUGCCAGUCGUUCCUACAGAGCAGCGUACAAGAGUGGCCAUGUUUCUAGAAAAACAGGGAUUCAGACCACAGGCUUUGGCAGUUACUACAGACCUUGACCAUAAGUUUGACCUGGCAAUACAACUUGGUGACCUAAAAACUGCAUACAGCAUAGCCAGACAGCAUGACUUGAGUGACAAGUGGAAACAACUUGCAGUGCUGGCAAUCAAAAGCUCAGAGUUUAGCCUCGCUCAAGAAUGUAUGUUUCAGUCAAAGGAUUUUGGUGGUCUUUUGCUUCUGGCUACAAGUUCUGGACAUGGACAUGUGAUGGCCAAACUGGCACAAGAAGCGUCAGAUGCUGGCCAGAAUAAUGUUGCAUUUGUAGCCAACUUUGUGAUGGGAAGGUGUGAAGAGUGCCUGGAAAUCCUAAUAAAAAGCAAGCGUCUGCCAGAAGCUGCUUUAUUUGCGAGAACUUACCUCCCCUCACAGACUUCAAGAGUGGUAACAGAGUGGAAAAGUUAUACGGCAACUUUCAGCAAGAAAUUAUCGAGUGCAAUUGCAGAUCCAACAGAGUACCAAAACCUGUUUCAUGGUCAUCAGGAGGCGCUGAGAACCGAACAGUUUCUAAAGCAACAGAGGCUGAAUGCUUUACCUGCCGCAGCAUACUCUGUCACAGCAACAUCAUCAGAGAGAAAUACAGUGCAGGAAAUGCUGCAGGCAGAAAAAUCAGGCACAUACGUGUACAAGGAACCAGUUCUGUCAGACACUGCUGAGAUUUUAGACGACGACAGCAGUGAAUCAGACGGAUUUGUGAAAGUGUAUAACAACCCUGGAGCAGAGCGUGAGGACAUACAGGAGUCAGCAUCCCAUUCUGAUUUUUCUCAGGCCAUGUCAUCUUUAACUAUGGACCCAGAAAAUGCAAACCGAAUCCUGUCUAAAAAAAUUGCAGAAAACAAAGAUUCACUCGAAUCCACCAAGAUAGAUUCUAUAGAUCUGGAAAGAGUUGUGCUGAAAUACCAAGUUGAAACAGACCUGGAAAAAGAGCUGCAAGCUGUACUUGAUGAUGUUGACCUUGAUGACUUUGACUUGGCGGAUGUGGAUCUAGACAUGGAUGAACUACUCGAUGCUUGA